AUGGUCACUAUUGUAUUUGAUCAUCCUGCGGAUGACUUUCCAGAUUUGAAAAUUGCUGGCGAGUUCACCAACUGGGAAGGUGUGCCCAUGGAAAUUAAUGUUGAUACUGGAAAGUGGGAGUAUAGGUUCCAUGAUUCUUCGAUAACCAAAUAUGAUGAUAAGGACAAGGUGCAUUUUAAAUUCAUAGAUCAGAAUGGCAACUGGUUUGCCGAUGAUGAGUAUCCAAAAGAGGUUGAUGAACAUAGUAACGAAAAUAAUGUUGCCACUUUGGAUAACAGUGAAGACGGGACAUUUGUUAAUGGGGGAAAGGGGGAGGAUGACAAAUCUACAAGUGAAGCGACAAAAAGUGGGUCAGAGUUGUAUGGUGAAGGUCCUGAUACGCCAACGCCCUCCCUUAAAGGCGAUAAGUCACCUGCUUCCUCUAAUUCAGAAGAUUUCCAAGGCAAAGCUGCUCCUAAAGAAGAAUUUAUCACAAAAGAAGGAAAGCAUGAGGAUGCACCUCUAGGGGAAGCUCUAACGAGAGAAAAUUCAAAAGCAGAAGAUGAAAAGCCCUAUCAAACUUUUUCUCCACACGAAGAAGGGAGUAAACCUGAUGAAGAGCUAGAAAAUCUUUCUGAAGGUAAUGACAAUACAAGAUUCAAUGAAGAGACAGACGUGACUGAUUCGCAAGAAUCAGAAAAUGAGAUUGCCGAUUCAGACACCGAAAAUACAGACAUAUCUGAACAAGAAGAAAUACAGAAUAGAGAUAAACUUGUUCAACAGAAUGCUAAAUCAAUAGUUAGAAAAGGUGACGCUAACACUGAAGACUAUGAAAAUGUCUUGGAAAAGCUGCUGGGAGCAUUGGGGCGUUUCUUUGGUUCAUGGUUCUCUUGGUUGACAACAAAAAUGUCAGGAACGGAGGCAGCUUAA